AUGGGUGUCACGGGGCUGUGGCAGAUCUUGCAGCCAUGCGCGCGGCCCAUCAAGAUCGAGACGCUCAAUCGCAAGCGCCUGGCGGUGGACGCCAGCAUCUGGAUCUACCAGUUUCUCAAGGCAGUGCGUGAUAAGGAGGGCAACGCUCUGCGCAACAGCCACAUCGUCGGCUUCUUCCGCCGCAUAUGCAAACUGCUGUUCUUCGGCAUCAAGCCCGUCUUCGUCUUCGACGGGGGCGCACCGGCUCUCAAGCGACAGACGAUCCGAGCGCGCAAGGCGCGAAGAGAAGGCCGUCGGGAAGAUGCCGCGCGGACGGCAGGCAAGCUGCUGGCGGUGCAGAUGCAGCGGCGUGCAGAAGAGGAGGAGGCGCAGCGCAAGGCAGAGCCACAGCGGUACCGCGCGCCAGAGCAAGAAGAGGCAGUGCCGGACGAUGGGCUCGUCUACGUGGACGAGCUGCAGAUGACACAGCAGGAGCGCCAGCAGAACAGAAAGUUCCGCAAGAAGGACCAAUAUCACCUGCCCGAGAUGGACAUGUCCAUGAGCGAGAUGGGCGGCCCCAACGAUCCGCGUGUCAUGUCGCUCGAGGAGCUGCAGGCACACGCGCGCAGCUUCGACACGGGCGAGGAUAUCAAUGUAUAUGACUUCUCCAAAAUCGACUAUGACAGUCCCUUCUUCAUGUCUCUGCCCGCCUCUGACCGGUACAACAUCCUUAACGCUGCACGACUGCGCAGUCGGCUGCGUAUGGGUCACUCCAAGGAACAGCUUGAUGUCAUGUUCCCGGACCGGAUGGCAUUCUCCAAAUUCCAGAUCGAGCGUGUGCAGGAACGCAACGAGCUUACACAACGUCUGAUGCGUUUGAAUGGGUCCGAGGAUACCACAUUUGGACUCGGCAGGAUCGCAGGUGAGAAGGGCAGAGAGUAUGUCUUGGUGAAGAACGAUGGAGUCAAGGGUGGCUGGGCCUUGGGUGUGAUCAGCGAAGAAGGCAAGGAAGAGAAGCCGAUAGAUAUCGACAAGCCGGCGCCGCUCGUCAAGACAGACCCUGAUGGAGAAAGUGAAGACGAGUUUGAGGAUAUCCCCAUCGAAGGCUUAAAUCGACUACCCAAGAGAAAGGGCGGCAAUGAAGAGGCAUCCGACCAGCUUCUGAGGCAGCGGCGAGCUCUCUAUAGUUCGAGAAGGACAACGACAAGACGAAGGCCAAGGCCCAAACGACAGACGGAACCUGACCCAAACUCGCUUUUCGUACAGGAUAGCAGCGGAGAGGAAGAUGAGUGGGGGGAGGUGCAAGUCGACGACGACCUGUUCGGCGAGGGUGAGGCAGAGUCAAGUGAGGAUGAAGAUCUGAGAAAAGCCAUUGCAAUGUCCAUGGAGGGGACUGGUGCCGAAGGGCGUAAUCAGACAGAUGCUGACGGCAAUGCAUCUGAUCUGGAGCAGGAGAACCUGCCCGAGGCUUUCAAGCAGUCAGCGGCAAAAGAGCAGCGACCAAUUCCGAGGGGAAAUGCGAGAGCGAUCGCGAACAUCCUGAACAAACGUGCACAUGACACCGCUCCGGAGAGUCGCGAGAUUACCUCAUUCGGUGUUCCAACCUCGAAGCCGGAGGACAGCGACGACAAUGACGAUAGCAUGGAUCUUCAGGCUGCUCUUGCAGAAAGUCGCAGGAGUAAGCGUAGGUCCAGCCCUCCUCAACGCCGGCAAGACGCAACCCGCAGGGCCGAACAGUCCGCUACUGAUAUCGCCAAACAAGCGGGCUUCAAAGGUCCUCUGCCAUUUGAGAAGCUCGAUCUCGGCUCAUCCCUACUUGGCAAGAAGAAGAUGCAGGAGCGUACCGAGGAGGCUCAGGGUGGAUUUGAGAACCCUGCACUUGCAACGAAGGAGAAGAAGAAGGCGGAACCGCUGCCACCUUGGUUCUCAGGUGACAUCGAGCAGGAUCUCGAGGCUCAAAGACGCCGGGAACGAGAAGCUCGCAAGAAAGAUCGUGAAUUUGGGCAGCAAUUUCAGUUUCAGAAGCAGGGCGAGGGCAUGCUUCAGCGAGCUGACACUGGGGAUGUCAUCGAGCUCGACGGUGAUGACGACGACGACGAAGGCCUCAAGGACGAAGCAGUCAUCGACCUUGAACACGACGAGACCACGACCACUGCGCUAAACACUGAACCAGACGAACCCGAGUCCCUCGUUCUUGAAGAGAAAGGAAUGCCUGAGAGACCGCUCGUUGGCGAGAAUUUGACCAUGGGCGACAUGGCUGACGAGAUUCGGGCGCAGCCCAACAUAGCCAAGCAUUUGGAAGCUGCCGAUAAGGUGGACGCUCCUCCCGUCAAAAGAGUGUCUCCAACGAGUGGCGCAGGAGUGGCGCAAGUGCCAACAGUGGGUCGCACGCCGGGGACAGCGAAGGCGCCAUUCAUGGAAGAUAGCGAGGAGGAAGGGAUACCCAGUCACUCGCCCUCACACGAAGCAAAGCCCUCAUCAAAGGUCAAGGCACCUCUCGUUGAAGAAGACGACGGGGACAUACUCGAGUGGAGUGAAAGUGAUCGAGAAGAUGACCGGCGGGAAGGGCCCAAUGAGAGGACCUCGCGAUCUGCCAGCGCCACAAUCUCAGCCAAGGGACAGUCAGUGCCGAUAUCAGACACGACGAGCGCAUCGAGAGCGGGUGCAGCUGACUUGGCACAAGCGCCCACGGACGAGCAGAUUGCCCACCCUGAGCCACCACGUGAUGCUGAGGACGACGAAGACCUUAACUUCGAGGAUGUUGAGCUACCGGAACACCCUUUCUCGGUCGUCACCAGGGACGAGUCACCGGUGCUCGAGGAUCAGUUUGAAGAUGUCCGAACAGAACCUCAUUCUGGUCUGGCGCUGCAGGAGUCAGUGCCAGAAGGUGACGAGUACGAUGACUUCUCUGACCCCGAAGACGCAGAGAUACUUCGCGCAUUGACUCUUGAGGCCGAAGAACAUGCUCGCUUCGCGAGCAGUCUCAAUAACAAAUCUCAAGCUCAGAAUAUCCAGGAGUACGAGAAGGAGCUAAAGCAACUGCGCAACCAACAGAAGAAAGAUCGCCGUGAUGCAGACGAAGUUACCCAAAUCAUGAUCCAGGAGUGUCAGGCACUGCUGCGUCUAUUCGGACUACCAUACAUCACCGCACCCAUGGAAGCCGAAGCGCAAUGCGCCGAGCUGGUUCAUCUGGGUCUCGUCGACGGCAUUGUCACAGACGACUCUGAUUGCUUUCUCUUCGGCGGUACACGCAUCUACAAGAACAUGUUCAACCAAGCAAAGUUCGUAGAAUGCUACCUCACCUCCGACCUCGAAAAGGAGUUCGACCUGACGCGGAAUAAGCUUAUCGCUGUCGCACACCUGCUAGGCUCCGAUUACACAGACGGAAUUCCUGGCAUAGGUCCCGUUACAGCUCUUGAGAUCAUCUCCGAGUUCGGCAGCCUCGAAAAGUUCAAAGAAUGGUGGACUGCUGUACAGAUGAACCAGAUUCCCAAGGAAGAAGAUGCCAAGAAUGCCUUCAGGAAGAAGUUUCGGAAAAAUGCAACGAAGCUGUUUCUUCCGCCUGCGUUCCCGGACGCUCGCGUGGAGCUGGCAUACCAGCAGCCCGACGUUGAUGCUACGCAGGAGGCCUUUCAAUGGGGUGUGCCUGAUCUUGCUGCACUUCGCUCCUUCCUGAUGGCCACUAUUGGCUGGAGCGAAGAACGCACAGAUGAAGUCCUCGUGCCCGUGAUCAAGGACAUGAACCGACGCGUCGACGAAGGUACGCAAGCGAACAUCACUGCUUUCUUCGACGGCGGUGUUGGGGUCGGCGCGGCAGGUGCUCGCGACUCUGGCAGGGGCGAAGGCUUCGCGCCUAGGAAGCGAGCGGAGGGUAGUAAGAGAAUGGGCAGCGCUCUCAGUAAGAUGGCGCAGAAAGCUAAGCGUAACAGGAACGGUAUUUCUGAGGACUUCUCUGAGGAGGUCGAGGAGCCUAGUAAAGACGGCGAUGGCGUCAAUGCUGAUCCACCGUCGGUUGAUCCUCCUGCUGCAAGACAACAGCAGCGCAAGCGAAAAUCAGCAAAGGCUGCGACUCAGCCUGAAGCAUCGGCAGCUUCAGGUGAGGACGAGAGUGAGUUUGAGGGUCCGAGGAAAAAGAAGGCAAAAAGGAAGACGGGGUUGGCGAAAAGUGGUCGGAGGAAGAGAGUACUGGAAGAUGAAUAA